UUCAACAACUAAUGCAUCUCAUCGUUUCAAAACUAAAAGAUGGAAACGACAUUAUCCAAUGCUAUAGCUUCUGGCGAUUUAACAGCAUUUCAAUCUUUAGUGUCCGAAGAUCCACUUGCACUGGAUCGCAUUUCCUUCAAUUCGGCCGAAAAUCCCCUUCACAUGUCCGCAUUGUCUGGACAGACCGAAAUCGCAAGAGAAAUCGUGAGCCGAAAGCCUAAAUUUGCCUGGGAGCUAAACCAGGAUGGUUUUAGCCCCUUGCACAUUGCCUCUGCAAAUGGGCGACUAGAAUUAGUACGACUACUUUUAAGGGUUGGAUACGAUUUGUGUCUUCUGAAGGGAAAAGACGGCAAUAUUCCACUUCAUUGCGCUGUCAUGAAAGGCAGAGCAGAUGUUGUCAAAGAAUUGAUUUUGGCGUGUCCAGAUUCCAUUAAACAAGUGACUGCUUAUGGUGAAACUGCACUUCACAUUGGUGUGAAGAGUAACCAGAUUCGAGUUUUUAAGGCAUUGAUGGAAGAGGUCAAGAAACUUGACAUGAUGGAGAUUGUAAAUUGGAAGGACAAGGACGGUAACACUUUAUUGCAUUUAGCUACUUUCAGAAAACAAGAUGAGAUCAUAGAGCUAUUAAUUGGGCAGGAAGCUACGGUGUUCGGGGUGGACCUAAACGCUAUUAACACAAAUGGAUUCACACCAAAAGAUGUAAUUGAUUUUAUCCUUCAAAUUGGAGCUCAAUACAGUGACAUUCGUAUUUUAGAGAUGUUUCAGCAAGCAAAAGCUAUGAAAGCCCAAGAAAUCACAAGAAGAUAUUCUAAUGCAAACGACGUGAACAGGGAGCCAAAGUUGCUAGCUGUUGCUACUCCUUCAUGGAACCUCUGGAAAGAAUUGAUGAAAGAGAUUGGAGAGUCAUCAAAUGAAACCCAAAAUGCAUUAAUGGUUGUGGCGGUUCUCAUAGCCACAGUGACCUACCAAGCAAUACUUAGCCCACCAAGUGGUUUUUAUUCAGCCGAGUCAAGAAGAUCACCGACAAUUAAUAACAUUCAGAGAAGAACUAUUUUGCCUGGAGAGGCCUUAAUGGCUACUGACCCUCAAGUUUUUGCUCUGUUCACUGUUUUUAAUGCAAUUGGGUUUUUCGCAUCGCUAGCAAUGAUUUCUCUUCUCACAAGUGGAUUCCCUCUCAGGGCAGGUUUGCGACUUGCAAUACUUUCAAUGACGGCUACUUAUGUGAUUGCAGUGGUUUAUAUGGCCCCAACUGAAAUGAAAACAGUUAAUAUAGUGGUAUGGUUAAUGGGUCUGCUUGUUGUCGGAGAGUUUGCUCGUUUUCUGAUAUGGUUAUUGAAAAAAUGUGGUGUCCUUCCUUUGAAGAAAUUUACAACAGCAUGUUUUGCUGUUAGAAAUCAGACCUAAAGCAGAAACUUGUAAUCUGAAAAAUUUCAUUGUGUAUGUUUCUUGUAACUUUAUCUUUUUAAAUGGAUGAUUGUUGUUAAA